CUUGCUCUUGCCCUUGCUGGUGUUGAGUGCUCAAGUGUUCCUCCUGCCUUGGCCUCCCAGAGUCCUAGGAUUACGGGUGUAAGCCAUGGUGCCUGGACCAGACUGCAAAUUCUUUGAGUGUAGGAACAGUCUUGACUUCACUCUCCUCUUCUGAAGUGAAAGGUGUUUCAGUCCGCCAUCCUCACAGGUUCUCCCUGAGCCUUCAUCACCGAUGGGGCUAUGAGUCUGCUGAGUGCUCACUCCCACAUAUGCAGCCAGAUACCAGAAACUGGACCCAGGUAACAGAGUUUGUCAUGGUGGGCUUUGCGGAGGUGCAUGAAGCACGCUUCCUCUUCUUCACACUCUUCCUCACCAUGUACCUGUUCACCCUGGUGGAGAACUUGGCCAUCAUCUUAGUGGUGGGCUUGGACCACCAGCUACAGAGACCCAUGUAUUUCUUCCUGACACACCUGUCCUGCCUUGAAAUCUGGUAUACAUCCAUCACAGUGCCCAAGAUGCUGGCUGGCUUUAUUGGGGUGAAUGGGGGAAAGAAUAUCUCCUAUGCUGGCUGCCUGUCCCAGCUCUUCCUUUUCACCUUCCUCGGGGCAACUGAGUGCUUCCUACUGGCCGCCAUGGCCUACGAUCGCUAUGUGGCCAUCUGCCUGCCUCUCCGCUAUGGAGCCUUGGUGUCCUGGGGCUCCUGCAUCCGUCUGGCGGCUGCCUGUUGGCUGGUAGGCUUCCUCACACCCAUUUUGCCCAUCUACCUCAUGUCUCAACUGAUAUUUUGUGGCCCAAAUGUCAUUGACCACUUCUUCUGUGAUGCCUCACCCCUGCUAGCCUUGUCUUGCUCAGAUGUCACCCUGAAGGAGACGGUGGACUUCCUGGUAUCCCUGGCUGUGCUCCUGGCCUCCUCUACGGUCAUUGCCGUGUCCUACGGCAACAUCGUCUGGACGCUGCUGCACAUCCGCUCGGCUGCUGAGCGCCGGAAGGCUUUCUCCACCUGUGCAGCUCACUUGACUGUUGUGAGCCUCUUUUACGGCACUCUUUUCUUCAUCUAUGUCAGGACCAAGGUGACCUCCUCCAUCAACUUCAACAAAGUGGUGUCCGUCUUCUACUCCAUUGUCACGCCCAUGCUCAAUCCUCUCAUCUACAGUCUUCGGAACAAGGAGGUGAAGGGAGCUCUGGGUCGGGUCUUUUCUUUCAAGUCUUGGAAGGGACAGUGAGGAGGCAGUGGGGGACUCAGUUUCCUUGCCUUGGGUAUUUAAAAGGAGGGCGGUGAGGGCUACGGAGGACAAGAGCUGUGGCCCGAGUAGUCAGGAGUUAUGGACUAUGCAUAAGUUAAAGUAAAAUGUUAAGCUGCUGUAACAAGAGAGACUUAACUAUCAUGUACCUUAAAGAAUGAAGGAGAUUUUCUCUUUCUGGAAAGAGUCCAAGGUGAAUGUUCCUGCUUGGUUGGUGGCUCUGCUCAAAAGGCAUUCAAGGAUUCGAGUUCUUUCCCUCUUGUAGGGUCAAUAUCCCCUAGGAUGUUGGCAAAGAUCUGCAGGCCAAAUCCUGUUCAGCACUAACUGUUUAUGGGCUGUGAGCUGAGACUGGUUUCUACACUUUUAAAUGGUUGAAGAUAAUCGAAAGAAUAAUGUUUCAUGGUACAUGAAAGUUUUAUAAAAUUGAAAUUUCAG